AUGGACGAGUCGUCGCUGCUGGACCUACUGGAGUGCUCCGUGUGCCUGGAGCGGCUGGACACCACGGCCAAGGUGCUGCCGUGCCAGCACACCUUCUGCCGCCGCUGCCUGGAGAGCAUCGUUAGCUCCCGCCACGAGCUGCGCUGCCCCGAGUGUCGCAUCCUGGUGGGCUGCGGCGUGGACGAGCUACCCGCCAACAUCCUCCUCGUCCGCCUCCUGGACGGCAUCCGACAGCGGCCCCGCGCCGCCGGGGGCGCCAGCGGCAGCCCCACCGCCGCGGCACCCGCGUACCCCCAGCCCGCCGCCGCCCCCAGCGCCGUCGCCGCCGCCGCCGCCUCGGCCGCCGCUAGCCUGAGGGAGCUGGCGGCCGCCAGCCGCAGCGCCUUGCUGGGAAAGAGUGUCUCUCAGCUUCCUUAUGGCAAAGCUCUCUACACAUAUGAGGGAAAAGAGCCCGGUGACCUCAAGUUUAACAAGGGGGACAUCAUUAUACUGCGGCGGAAGGUGGAUGAGAACUGGUACCACGGGGAGCUCAACGGGAACCACGGCUUCUUCCCUGCCAGCUACAUCCAGUGUAUCAAGCCCCUCCCGCAAGCUCCACCUCAGGGCAAAGCACUUUACGACUUUGAAAUAAAGGAUAAAGAUCAAGACAAGGAUUGCCUGACCUUCACCAAGGAUGAAAUUUUGACGGUCAUCAGGAGGGUAGAUGACAACUGGGCAGAGGGAAUGCUGGGUGACAAGAUUGGCAUUUUCCCUAUCCUCUAUGUGGAGCUGAAUGAAUCCGCCAAGCAGCUCAUCGAGAUGGACAAGUCCUGCUCAGCUGCCGCCUCGGGCUGCGAUGUGCCACUGCCAACGGAGACGGUGGCAGUGGCAGCGGCGGCGGCAGCGGCAGGCCUGGCCCCAUGCUCCACGCUGGCAGGUGCAGGGGCAGCCGGGGCAGCCCAGCGUCAGGCGGAGGGCAAGAAGAACGCCAAGAAGCGCCACUCCUUCACCGCCCUCAGCAUGACGCACAAGUCCUCUCAGGCCGCCAGCAACCGACACUCCAUGGAGAUCAGCGCCCCUGUCCUCAUCAGCUCCAGCGACCCGCGGGCGGCCGCCAGGAUCGGGGACCUGACUCACCUCUCCUCCAGCGCCCCGGCACAGGAUUCCUCUUCGAUUGGAACAGCCACAGUGGCUGCUCCCAGGACAAGUGCAAUAAUUGGAGAUCAGGGAACACCACCGAAGGUCCAGCUCCCCCUCAAUAUCUACCUAGCCCUGUACGCCUACAAGCCUCAGAAGAACGACGAGCUGGAGCUCCGCAAAGGUGAGAUGUACCGGGUCAUUGAGAAGUGCCAGGAUGGCUGGUUCAAGGGGACGUCUCUGAGGAGCGGAAUGUCUGGCGUCUUCCCAGGCAACUACGUGACACCUGUUUCCAGGGUGCCGGUGGGAGCCGGGCAGCUCAGGAACAGUGGAGCCGGGGGAGCUCCGACAGCAAAAGGAGCCCCAGGAGCCAUCCAUCCCAUUGGCGCUGGUCACACCAACACCACCACAGCUGUCAGACCGGUUGUUCCUAUCACCACUCCUCAGACACAUCCCCAGCUACAAGCAGCCUCUCCGCAGCUGAAUAACUGCUUGAGGUAUUCAGCCCAGUCUGCAGCCAGCCAGCCCCGCAGCGCCAUGCAGAUGGCUCACCCACCAGUGCCAGCCCCAGAGCGUCCCACCGCUACGGUCUCGCCGCUACGGACACCCAGCUCACCCUCCCGCCUGCCAGCAACAGCCAUCCGGCCUCACCCCACUGUGUCCCCACAGCACGGCCACCAGCCUCCUGCCCCAGGGGCCCGGCCUCUCAUCCCCCUCACCUCCGCCGCCGCCGCCAUCACCCCACCCAACGUCAGCGCAGCCCACCUCAAUGGUGAGGCGACUGGUGGGCCCCUGGGUGGCCCUGUCACCCCUGGCCCCACGGGCAAGCCCGAGGAGAGGAAGAAUGAAAAGAAGGAGAAGAAGAGCGGGCUGCUGAAACUUCUAGCAGGAGCAUCAACAAAAAAGAAGUCACGCUCCCCACCGUCUGUGUCCCCCACGCAUGACCCUCAGGCAGCCAUCGAAGGAGUCCUGCAAGGCGCGGUGGGACCCGAGCUCUCCUCCCUCUCCAGCCAUGGCAGGGCCGGCUCGUGCCCCAUCGAGAGUGAAAUGCAGGGAGCCAUGGGGCUGGAACCUCUGCACAGGAAAACAGGCUCCUUGGAUUUGAAUUUUUCUAUCCCUUCUCCUGCCAGGCAGCCCCUCUCUUCCAUGGCAGCUAUUCGGCCAGAGCCCAAGCCUUUGCCCCGGGAAAGGUACCGCGUUGUGGUCCCGUACCCGCCGCAGAGCGAGGCCGAGAUUGAACUGAAGGAAGGUGACAUUGUGUUUGUGCACAAGAAGCGGGAGGACGGCUGGUACAAAGGGACCCUGCAGAGGAACGGCAGGACGGGCCUUUUCCCUGGGAGCUUUGUCGAGAGUUUCUGAGGCCAGCUCACCGCUCUCUCAACUGGAGAGAGUUUCAGGGGAAACUGCAUAGCACAAGAAGAGACAGCAAAGUGAAACUGGACUGAUAACCACUGCCAUUUUUAUUUCCAAAGACUCCCCCCAGGCCUUUGAGUCUACAGCUCUGGAGCCUCGGAGCUCCCGAGACCGCCUGCGGUGCAUACAGUGGUAUGUCGAAGUAGUGCCUUCCACCUGGAACCACGGACUGAAAGGACGCCCGUCUGGACUGUACCUAGACCUAAACUCCAGUUGUUAACCCUUUUGUGUAAAUUAUAGAGAAGAUAUCUUUAAAAAGAGGAAAAAAAACAAAAAAGAAAAAAAGAGAGGAAAGUUGUUAUAUUGCUGUAACUUAUUUGUCAGAGCUGCAGUGUUCUUAUUACUGGCCUAUGCAAGAUGGAUUUGAGAGUUCAAGGAGGUGUGGUAGGAAGCUCUAAAACUGGGAUUUUGGUUUUUUCCCGAGGGAAAAAGUGGGAGGGGAGGGUGGAGAAAACCCCAGCUAAAUGAUGGGUGCGUCGUCGUGUGAGAAAGAGUGAGGAGUCCAAAAUGUUAAUGUCAUGCUUUCUAUAUACCUCAAAGAUAUGCUGCGAGAGUCUGUCAGUGAGUGUGUCAGUGCUCUGAGUCCCAUAUCAUCUGGUGUCCCGGCGCUGCUGCUGGAGGGGUCCUGGAGGAAGUACAGCUCCACCAUUAAACUCUGGUUAUUUGAGCAGAAUCCCUUUCGCCUGUCUUCUGCCCUCAUUAUAUGCAGCAUGGAUUUUUUUGUCCUUCCAGUAUCACUUUCCAUUGCUUUUUUGUAUGACGUACCUUUUUACUGUAAGAAUUGCUCUACUUUAUAUAUAUAUAUUCCUACUAGAUCAGACAUUUCCUCUUUUUCAUACAUCUGGUGCUAUUUUUUUUAAUCGUUAAAAGAUUUGGUUUGGUUAAACAGAGAGGCUGCAACGAGAUUUGCAUUCAACGUAUGGAAUCAGAAACGUACCUGAAAGAUGGAGAUCGGACUGCUCGCUUGUGCUUCAUGGAGGAAAGGAUGGAAAAGCCACUUGGUCACUGAGACGACACAGUCAGGGGGAAACACUCCCGUGAACCACGCGCGCUCCCUCACUCCCAUGUGUGUCGAGAGUGGCUGAAGUCCCAUGCUUGAAGCACAGCGUUCUGCCUGCCUGGAGAGUGAUAAUUACUCCGGAAUUGAAAGUCGUUCCCAGAGGAGUCGUUGUAAUUGACUUUUUCGUGGCAAUAAGAAGAACACUGCAGGUUCUAGCACGCGCAGGGACCGGGGAGUUUUCCUCUGUCGCUGCGUGGCGGAGACGAGAGCCGAUCUGCGGCGGCUGUAAUUAGCGUUGUCGAAAUGUGAUUUCUUGCUGUAGAAAUGUACAGUUCUGGAGACUGUUGGAUUUCUUAACGUCGUCAAGCUACAAUACAAACCGUAUCAGGCAAUAUAAGCUUCCAUCUACCAGGGACUUAAAGGUGCAAUAAAUGUGAAGCGAGUUUAGCUGGUUAUUGGUAUGAAGCCGAACGAGAUAAAAAAAACCACAAAACCUCCACCACGUGAUUGCGACAGUGUUCAAAAGGGCAUCGGCUCACGAGGAACGGAAUGCCAUGAAAGGCUUUUCCUAGCUGUAUCCAUACCUUGCCUUUGCCAGCGGCUGGCUGUCUGCCAAAGCCCACAUGUGGUGGUUGUUUAAAAGCGUGUCAGAGGCACUGUAACCUGGAGAUGAUCUUAUUAAAAGGGAGAGGCCCAGUGGGUGAACGUCGCUACUGCGCUACCAGUGUUUCAUAUGCGAAGGUGUAAGUUUUGUUUUCGUUCAAAGCGUGUAUACUAGUAUGUAUCAAAACCCAUGCUAAGUGAGCGUUUUUAUUCAAGUUUGGCUCCAUGACUUCUGUUCUCUGUAAAAUAAGUUCUUUCUUGCUGUCACAUGUAACAAACCGAUUGCAGAAACACAGUCCAUGGCCAAGCAGAGCACCUUCAAACAGGGAGGCGUCCUUUUCAGGGUGUUUCUUUUUAUACUUAAUGUUGCCACAUUUGUUCCUGUUCCAGACUGUAAUGAGUCAGCCACUAAAAGUUUAGUUACUGUUGAGAGGAAAUUGCCUGUUUGUAACUAGCAAGAGACCGAAGAAACAUCUCCUGGAAAGACUUGUUUGAGACUACAGCCAUAUCUGUUCGACCAAGCUGGUGUGGAUCAGAUAUUAGUAUCACUGCACCUCUAGCAGUAAAAUGCACAGUUAUUGAGGCAGCAAUGCCAAAACAUGUGUUAUCUGUUUCAACAAAAAUUCUGGGUUAGGUCUGUCAGAGAUGAGAUUUUUUUUCUGACAACUUACAGUGGUUAAAGCUCUCUUCAAAUUCUGCUCCAUGGGUGUAUUCACUGCACUCAGAAAAAAUGAAACAGGAUGACGGUUUCCUUGUUGCCUAUUGUGUUUAGCCAGAUCUAAAAUGGUUCCAGAUUUUCACCUUUUCACACUUCACUCUAACAGGACAAAAGUUGGUAUGUGAGAACAUGAAGGAAAACAUGUACAUGUCAUGUCAUGAAAUCAGUGUUUUAAAAUACAUUUUCCAGAGGGGAUGAUAGGGGUUUUUUUAAUGGAUGACAGCCCUACCUACAGCCCUUCCAGUUAUACGUCCUGCAAGGAAAAAUAUUGGGAAGGGAUGUGUUUCUGUUUUGAUAAUAGCUGUUUCUGGCCCUUGUUUAUUGCUUAUCAUCACAGUUUGGGUUACUGAGUAAUCUUCUCGGACAAAUCACUUCCAUGCCAGGAGCACAAGUUCAGAACUUAAUACAGCUCAGUGAUACAAAAACGUGACCCAGUGCCAUUCAGAAAGUCCUGGACUGAGAGAGAUUCGACUCGUACUGUGGUCUAAUUUUUACCUGUCAUACCAGGGAAAGUGGGGAGGAGGGGGCAUCUGCAUCUCCUACAACAGGGCGGGGGAAAGACUCCUUCUGGUGGCCUCAGUUUGUAAAAUGCCAGGUUGGCUCUUCUAGAAAUGGGUUCAAGUAAUUGAACAAUUCCUUUGAACUUUGCACAGCUCAGAAAAUGUUUUUGUUAUACAUGAAUGUUAACGUGGUUUAGGAAAUGUUGGCGGAUAUGAGUACAAAUGAACUACAAUGACUGUGUUUCUGAUUCUUUAAAUAAAGUAAACA